GCCACUGAUCGCAUUCGCAUUACUCUUCCAGCUUCUCUCCAGCCACCGUCUUUCUACUCUCCAUCCCAUCUAUUCAUCAUCUCCGCCAUGUAUGAAUCAUAUCGUCCCCAUCCUCUACUAGCGCAGGUCCCCUUGACCGUCUCGCCCUUUAUCAAUCUCCCCGCUACCGUCACUCUCCCCUAUACUUAUAAGUCCGUUCCCUCCACCCUCCCGCCGUCUGUGCUGGUCGAUCCCGCCAAUCCGGACGCCAGCACCCGCUACGUUGUCUCCGCUAGCGGCGAGCACGCCGCGUCGCCAGAGGAGAUCCUCGCCUCCUGCAAAUCCCUCGAGCAGCAUCUCAACAAGACCCGCGGUGCUGCGGAGAAAGCCAUCCGAGACUGGGAGGAGUCCAUCACCCAACGUGAACUGGCCGAGAAGAGACGGGUUGCCCCGGGCUGGUUAGACCGCGACGAGAAGCUACUGCAGCCCAGCAAAAUGGCGAAUCCCGGAUCGCAGAGUCAACCGGAGCAACAGAGUCUGUUGGACAGCGUGUCGGCUGAUUCCGCAGCCUCGGGACUACCCUCCAUGGUCCCGCGGGAUGAGGGAGCGGAGCUAGACAGGGCGUUCGGGGGGUUGGAUGUGAAAUGAGCCCAUUUGAGCGCGCAUAAUAACCACGUUGUAAUCCAUGUUCUUUCACCGUCGUGCUUAAGCCGAACAAACUUGCUGUUCUUGCUAUGGAAAUGAUGGGUUAUUCAUAGGAACAGCUACUUGGUGAUUGGCCGUUCCAGAGUCUAUUUGGAGCUUAUCUCCCGCCUACCUAGCGAUGCUGCAGUGUCUGGACGAUCCUGCGAGGAAUCAGUCCAGUGCAGAUUCCUGCAGCUGCGCUAGAACUGUCCUGUGGCACGUCACGAGAACUGACUGGGCCUGGCAUGAGCCAGUACGGGGCAUACCUCGUGCUGUAGGCCAGGUCGCGCACUAUCGAGUUGAUCAAGCUAUUAUUGGAGCUCUCUUGAUCAACUAUGUGCCGACACCUGCAGCAUAUUGGAUAGCGUAGUACAACUACAUUUAGCCUAAUCAGAUACAAACCCAAGAUAUUUAAUGCCGG